CCCCCCCGCCACCGCACCCUCUCGCAGCACAAGCACAAGUCUCAUCACCCCCCGCCAUAGCUCUCCCACCGUCGACUCCGACUCGGUCUCCAGCUCUGACGAAGACGACAUGCUCAUGAUCGACAGAGAAGUAGACUACAACGACGACGACCAGUCUUCCGAUGCUGCUUCCGACUUUGAAAACGAUCUCGACGACGAAGACGACGAGUACGGUGACGUAGUAGACGUCUUAGGCUACUUCCGAUCUGGCGUCUCAAACAUCGCGCGCGACAUCGCCGAACUCAAACUAUCGCCAAAAUUCAUCUCCUCCGCUGACUUCUUCAACGCCGGCGGCGAGUUCAAAGGUCGAAAAGGCGUUUCCUCUCGCAACGCCAAAGUCGUCCAGCGCAUCCUCCGACAAAUGCCGCCUAAACCCUACGUCGAACUCCUCGUGCGAAUAUUCUUCCGGGAAGCAAAUCUCUACCAGUCCAUCAACGAAAUCGAAUUUUGGGACUCGCUCAACAAAUGGUGGAUCUCGCCCAACCGCGUCGAAAAUGUCGCCAUCGCCACCUUGACUUUCCGCAUCAUGUCCAUCGCCCUGCAGUUCGUGCCCAAAGAGCAUCUCGAGACCGUCAGCCAGAUCGACGAGUCUCUUGACAGUCUCUCUAGUGAUUACUCGCAGUGCGCGUCCGAGCUCGCUGCUCUCUUGCCCGACUGUGUCGAUAAAGUGCACGAGUGCAUCUUGCGCGCGGCUUGGCUGAAAUGCGAGGCUCGCAUGAAAGACAGCUGGUAUUGCAUCGCCACCGCUGUGCGGAUGGCGCAAGAGAUCAAGCUGCACAUUGAAGAAAAGGACUGCCCGCCAUCGUACGAGCGCGAGCGGAGGCGAAGGCUUUGGUGGACAAUCUAUUACUGGGAUCGAUGUCUGGGACUGAUCCUCGGCCGGCCAAUCAUGAUCGAAGACGAAAUCUGCAGCGUACCUCUGCCGCUCGAUCUACCUGACGACUGCAUGUACCCUGUUUUGAAGGACGGACCUCCGAUCAGCGAGUUUACGGGCCGCGUACUAUCGUACAAGCUCUCAGAAUAUAUCUCUGACCUCGACCGCAAUCCACAGCGAUUGUUCCGCAAUCUGACAAUCUUCACUGCCUCGCUUCCGGGUUAUUUCUCCAUAUACUCACCCGACACUUCGCUGGACGACCAGUUCCCAUUCCUUGUUGAACACCGCGAGUCGCUGGCUACGACAAUCUGUAUGGUUCUCUGCGCACUCUACCGGCGCAAGAUCGCCAUCCCGAACCCGCUCUCUUUCUGUUUGCGUCUUCUUACUGCGGCCGAGCGAACUCUAAACCUUGCUCACGAACACCAAUACCGCCAGUUUACAAUCGUCUACGCAAACCUGGAACCAUCUGUUCUGAUGUGUCGUGAGAUUCUCAAGAUGAGCGGACGCCUAGCUGAGGCCCGGUUCAUUGUCUCUGCCGACCGAAGCGGUAACGCGAUCGAUGUGUUUACGUGUCUCAACUUUGUUGAUGAUGCGCUCAAGCGCAUGCGGAUAAUUCGCUCGCGCAACAAGAUCGCUAUUAAGGCGUACCGUAUUCUGAAAGAGCUGGUGCGGAGAGUGAAGAUCCAGGUCGAGCGCGAGAAAGGUCGGUAUAAUGAAAGCCGGACGGCGUCGGUUGCGCAAACCCCUGCCAGUUCACAGAACAUCACCGAUCUGCUUUCUGCACAGCAGGUGAAGGCCAACACCAUGACGUCCCAUCAUCAGCCAAAGUAUUCUCAGCAGCAGCAACAUCAUCAACACCAAAUCCAGCUCCAGCAUCAGCUCCAGCAGCAAAUACAACAUCGGCAGCAGUGUCAGACGAGCAACGAUCUCGAUUCGCCUGCAUCUACUGGUGCAUCGACGACCUCAGCGAUGCAUUCGGACCGACCAGACUACGCUUCGCUGACUAGUAGUAUGGCCUCGAACGACUUGGAUCCGAUCUCUAUGCUGGACUAUGGCGAUAUCGGCGACCAUAUGGUAGGCGAUGCGGAGAUGUUGGAGAUUCUGCAAAGGCUGAACGCGCAGGCAGCGGCCACGAAUGCAUCACUGCCCGGUGCAGUUAAUAGCAACGGAUCUCCGAUCACGCCGCCAGAGGCCCGGAUAUCGUCUGUCGAGCCUGAGCUGAUUUGCGGUAAAGUUCCGAUCGUGAUGCCGAUGCGUCCUACCAUCCUUGAGGAUGAUGACAUGCAUGGUAAUCACCGAAACGGUCACAGGAUCAACUCGCAUGCGCCAGGAAGUGGUGGAGACUUAAAUUAUCUACCACCUCCGAAUCAUCUCGACCUGAGCCAGAACCCGCAUGCAAACACAACACACGCGACAGUUAUUCUGCCGCCGCCGGAUGUGGACUUUGCUGAUAUGGAUAUGGACAGCGAGAUGAUGUUCAGCUGGGCGGAUGCGUAUUCGUAUAAUUCGCUGUUGCAGGAAACUAGCUGAUUGAAGGCCGACAGGGGCGGCUGGAAAGUUGUAUAUGUAGGCGCAAGGGGUGUGUUUUUAGGAUUGGGUUGCUUGAGUAGUUUUCUUGUUGAUCAAAAAAUAUUUCUACUAUUUAGUGUUGUCAAUUUUGUUUGUUUAUGAUUCUCUCUUUUUUAUUUACACGUGGGGUUUUUAAGGUGUCUAUUGAAAGCUUUAUCGUGAGUGUAUGAUGGUUAUAAUAUAUGUCUGAUUGGUUAAGAGUUAC